AUUUCUAUCGCUAAAGUCUAAAAAUAAAAAUAAAAUAAGGGUUUAGUUUCCUUUCAUUUCUUCUCAUUCACAGUUUUUCACUUUCACACACUUCCUCUCUCUCUCUCUCUCUCUCUCUUUCUCUCCGAUUCAGCAAUUUUUAUUAUGGCUUCAGAUUCCACAAAGGAUCUCCCUGCUGAUAACAAAGCUGGUACAGCAGAGAAUAAAACUUCCAAAGAUGAAACGUCCUCUAAAGAUUCUCCAGCUCCAGCAGGGCAAAGAGCUACCCCUGGACCUGCAACUGGGUUUCCUGGCAACCCUUUUGAUUUCUCAGCAAUGUCUGGUCUACUCAAUGAUCCAAGUAUCAAGGAAUUGGCUGAACAGAUAGCAAAAGAUCCAUCGUUCAAUCAGAUGGCCGAGCAGCUUCAGAAAACUUUCCAAGGAGCUCCACAGGAUGGUAUCCCUAACUUUGAUAAUCAACAAUAUUUUUCAACCAUGCAACAGGUUAUGCAGAAUCCUAAUUUUAUGACCAUGGCUGAGCGCCUGGGUAAUGCAUUGAUGCAGGAUCCAUCUAUGUCUGCCAUGCUUGAAAGUUUUUCUAAUCCAUCAAAUAAAGACCAGCUUGAAGAAAGAAUGGCACGCAUCAAGGAGGAUCCAUCUCUGAAACAUAUUUUGGAGGAGAUAGAGACUGGUGGUCCUGCUGCUAUGAUGAGGUACUGGAAUGAUGAGGAAGUUUUGCGGAAGUUGGGGCAAGCCAUGGGUCUUGCAAACUCUGGAGAUGUAGCUACCUCUGCUGAAAAUUCUGGGGUAGAUGAGGCAGAAGAUUUGGGAAAUGAAGAUGAAUCAAUUGUUCAUCACACUGCUAGUGUUGGUGAUGUCGAGGGCUUGAAAAAUGCACUAGCCUCUGGUGCUGACAAGGAUGAAGAAGAUUCAGAGGGGAGAACUGCUUUGCAUUUUGCCUGUGGAUAUGGCGAGGUGAAGUGUGCUCAAAUUCUUCUCGAGGCUGGAGCAAAAGUGGAUGCUUUGGAUAAGAACAAGAACACUGCUCUCCAUUAUGCAGCUGGUUAUGGCAGAAAGGAUUGCGUGGCCCUUCUCCUUGAAAAUGGUGCUGCAGUUACACUCCAGAAUAUGGACGGGAAAACUCCUAUCGAUGUUGCGAAGCUAAACAAUCAAAAUGAUGUCCUGAAGCUACUCGAGAAAGAUGCAUUUCUGUAGUUUUAAUGCAUGCUGUCACCGACAAGCAACGGGGAAACUGAGGGAAAGAAGGCAUCAUAACUUCUUUAUUUUCUCUUUUAGUUUCUUCCAACCGUCGUUUAGUGUGUUAAACUAAAUUCGAUUAACGUUGUUGGAUGUGAGUCACCAUAGAAUUUGUUAUCUAUGUUCUUUUAAUGCAUUGAUUGUUACAUUGCAUGAUUUUGAAGAUUAGUGCUGUCAUUUGAUUUUAUUUUUUUUCAAUUUUACAAAAUUCUGGUUCAAGUGGUCUCAUACAUCAAUAGAAGGCGAGUAAAUAACGGGUUAGGUUGGAA